AUGAGAGCCGAGCUGUCCGCCGCUGCACAAGCCGCGCCGGAGGCGUCGUACGACUUCAAGACGGGGGGUGUCACCGACCUCCUGAAAAAGCUGAAGAUGGACUUUGAAGACAAGCUCCACGAGAGCGAGAAGGAAGAGAUGAAGGCCACCUCUGAGUAUGAGUUGGAGAAGGGCGGCAGGGACAAUGCCCUCAAGGUUGCGAAGGAGUCCAAGGGCAAGCAGGAGAGCGUGAAGGCCCAGGCGGAGGCGGCGCUCAGCGCCAAGGCUUCGGCGCUCAGCGCGGCCCAGGCGGAUUUGGAGGCGGACAGCAAGAGCCUGAAGGACACCAGCAGCAGCUGCUCCACCAAGGCGGCCGAGUUCAAGGAGCGCGUGUACAUGCGCGGCCGCGAGCAGGAGGCCAUGGCCUAUGGCAUGCAGAUCCUGCAGAAGGCCGCGGGCGUGCGCACCGCAGCGCCGGCCAGCUUCUUCCAGAUGAGGUCGGAUUGGGACCAGGCAGGAGCCUCCCACGACAAGGCGAGGAGGGCUGUUGAACUUCUGGAGCAAGAGGUGCAGCGGUCCGGCUUGGGGGACUUGAAGCGGCUGCUCAUGCAGGUGAAGUCCCAGCUGGAGGGCGACGGAGAUGUGAGCAAGGAGGUGGAUCUCGUCUUGGAGAAGCAGAUCUGGAAGCUGAAAGAGGAGCAGAAGAAGGAGGACGAGAAGUGGCACUGGUGUGAGUUGGAGACUGACAAGAACACCUACGAGAAGACUACCAAGGCAGAUGACAUGCAGAAGCUGGGGGACGAGAUCGAGUCCGCCAAAGGCAGCGUGGCGACGCUCGACGGGGACGUCAAGGCGGCCACCGCGCGGCUGGCGGAGCUGCAGAAGAGCAACCACGAGCUGAAGAUGGACCGCCAGGAGUCCAAGAAUGAGCACCAGCUGGCGGUGAAGGACGCUCAGCUGGCGCAGGAAGCCAUCAGCAGCGCCAUUGGGACCUUGGCCAAGUUCUACGAGGAGGCGGCGAACGCGGCCCUGUUGCAGAAGGCGCCCACAGAGGUGGCGGAGGCACCUGAGACCUGGUCCAAGCCCAGCUUUUCCGGCACGGGCCAGGGCAAAGGGCCCGGGGAGGCCAUCAUCAAGGUGCUGGAGGACUGCUCCGCGGACUUCGCCCAGAUGGAGGCGGAGACCAAGGCCCAGGACGCCGCGGAGGAGGCGGCCUUCGAGGCGUCCCUGAAAGACGCCAAGAAGGAGCAG